GGUAAGCGGUGGCCACUCUGCAUAGUAUUACGUUGUCCGACCGCUCCUCGCCGACCGCCACUGUGACCGUCAUGCCGGGUUUUGUAAAGAGUUUCGCGACAACUGACGACUUAAACCUUUUCAAGAGUGUCGAUGUUAAGAUAAUUUCGAGUGGUGUUCCGAUAUGAUAUCGCGCUUCAAGAGACAGCGGUGCAGCAUUCGGAGAUAACUCGCGAAGAAAAGCCGCAGCAAUGGUGGACGCCGCAACAAUCGAGAAAUUGGAGGCUGGCUUCAGCAAGCUCCAGGGCUCCGACUCCAAGUCCUUGCUGAAGAAGUACCUCACCAGGGAGGUCUUCGAUGCUCUUAAGAACAAGAAGACCUCUUUCGGCUCAACUCUCUUGGACUGCAUUCAGUCGGGUAUUGAGAACCUGGACUCCGGCGUGGGUAUCUACGCCCCCGACGCCGAGUCGUACACAGUGUUCGCGGACCUGUUCGACCCCAUCAUCGAGGACUACCACAAUGGCUUCAAGAAGACCGACAAGCACCCGGCCAAGAACUGGGGCGAUGUGGAGACCCUCGGCAACCUGGACCCCGGCAGCGAGUUCAUCGUGUCGACGCGCGUGCGUUGCGGCCGCUCCAUGGAGGGCUACCCCUUCAACCCCUGCCUAACGGAGGCCCAGUACAAGGAGAUGGAGGACAAGGUUUCCUCUACCCUGUCCGGCCUCGAGGGUGAGCUGAAGGGCACCUUCUACCCGCUGACCGGCAUGUCCAAGGAGACGCAGCAGCAGCUCAUCGACGACCACUUCCUGUUCAAGGAGGGUGACCGCUUCCUGCAGGCGGCCAACGCGUGCCGCUUCUGGCCCACCGGCCGCGGCAUCUACCACAACGAGAACAAGACCUUCCUCGUGUGGUGUAACGAGGAGGACCACCUGCGCAUCAUCUCUAUGCAGAUGGGCGGUGACCUGAAGCAGGUGUACAAGCGGCUGGUGACCGCCGUCAACGACAUCGAGAAGAGGAUCCCCUUCUCGCACAACGACCGGCUCGGCUUCCUCACCUUCUGCCCCACCAACCUGGGCACGACGGUGCGCGCCUCCGUGCACAUCAAGCUGCCCAAGCUGGCGGCGGACAAGGCCAAGCUGGAGGAGGUGGCCAGCAAGUACCACCUGCAGGUGCGCGGCACACGCGGCGAGCACACCGAGGCCGAGGGCGGCGUCUACGACAUCUCCAACAAGCGGCGCAUGGGCCUCACCGAGUACGACGCCGUCAAGGAGAUGUAUGACGGCAUCGCGGAACUCAUCAAAAUAGAGAAGUCUCUCUAAGAAGCUUUCGAUCUCGUGCUAUCAGUAUUUUUUUGUAUUAUUUAUCGUUUAUAUUAUUGGAUGUUGAGCGAAGUGUGGGCGCGGCGGCCGUCGGCACAACCUGACCCACUACUGUUUUCGAAAACAUAUUUUCUAUAAGGAAAUGGAAAAUAAAGACAGCUAGCGUUAAGACUAUAUCUAAAA